AUGAGUUCAAUUCUCGAUGUUCUAGAAAAACCCUUGUCUGAUGAAGAUAUAAUUAAAAAGGACUACCACACAUAUACACCAUAUCUUCAGUCAUACAACAAUAAUGAUGAAAUUAGAAUUUCAAUACAAAAUCAAGAUUUAUAUGUCUUACCUGGAGAAAGUUUUAUAUAUGUAGAAGGAUUCGUUAAAGAUGCAACUAAUACAAAAUUAGUACCUUCUUCAUCCAAUUUUAAAUUAAGGAAUAAUUUUGUCGCAUAUCUAUUUGACGAAAUCCGUUAUGAACUCAAUGGGAUUGAAAUUGAUCAUACCCGACAUUUGGGGAUAUCAAGCACCAUAAAAAACUUGGUUUCUUUAUCACCAACGGAUAGUAAUGGGAUGCUCAAUGCUGCAUGGAAUAAAAUAGAUGAUGUAGAUCUUGUAAAUGGUUAUUUCAAUUUCUAUGUGCCCCUAAAGAUAUUAUUAGGAUUCGCUGAAGAUUAUAAUAAAAUAAUAUUAAAUGGUAAACAUGAGCUGAUUCUGUUACGUAAUAAGAAUGAUGCAGAUCUAGUAUAUUCAAGUGUUUCCACAGAAAAAGGAAAAAUGACGAUAUCAAACAUCUCAUGGAGAAUUCCACAUGUACAAUUAUCUGAUUUUAGUAAAUUGAAUAUUAUUAAAACAAUAAACAGUGGUGCCUCUAUACCAAUCGCAUUUCGUAGCUGGGAUUGUCAUAUUAAUCCACUACUCAACAUUGGAACCAAUCAUAUCUGGAAUGUUAAACUAGCUGCAAAUAGAGAGCGCCCUCGCUUUGUAUUGGUUGCUUUUCAAAAUGAUGAUAAAUUUGUUCAUUGUGAUCUAACUAAUAUGAAAGUGCAUUUAAAUUCAGAAUCAUAUCCAUAUGACGAUCUGAAUGUAAAAUUUAAAAAUGAACGCUUUGCAAUUCUGUAUGAUAUGUAUCUAAGAUUUCAACAAAACUACUACAUGAAAGAUCCUCAACCACUACUAACAUCUCAAGAGUUUAAAAAUAAAGCACCGAUAAUUGUAAUAGAUGUCAGUCACCAAAAUGAAUCUAUCAGCAGUGGACCUAUUGAUAUAAAAAUUGAAUUUGAAACAUCUACAAAUAUUCCAGCAAACACAUCAGCAUACUGUAUUCUCAUUCACGAUCGUAUAAUUGAAUACAUACCUUUGAAAGGACAAGUUCGAAAAGUCUUAUAA